AUGUGGCAGUUGGCACUGGCCUUGGGCCUCCUCCAGCACCUGAGUAUUUUGGCCAUAGUGGUGGAGCGGAAUAUGUUUGCCUACUACAAGGUGCCGGCGGAUCAGCUACUCCUUGCCCAGAAUACCGACUACGAAUACGAGUCCCAGGAGUUGGCCCAUCCCUUUGAUGGCAAGGAAGUUUUCUAUGUCCUACAAUGUCCACCGAAGCUAGAGGAGGGCAUACCCAAGCCACAGGACAUGCAGACGUGCAACGUGGUGGAUCAAUACAAGGAAAUAUGGAAAAAGAAGCAAAAAUCUAGGUCCAAAAAGCGUCUCCAUAUGGUCCCCUUUCGGAUUGUGCUUCGCCCCCUCAGACCUCCAGCCAUGAGACGUAGCCACAAGCGCCCCAAGCGCCAGCAUAAUAGGGAUAAGCUGUUUAAUCCUGGCAAGGAUAAGAAUCCAGACAAGCUAUCUUCACCGCUCGAGCAUCUGGGACGUCCGCACCGGAAACAAAAGCUUUUGAAGUUGUCCGCCGAUCAUCGCAGAUUCAAGAGAGGCAAUAGCUCCAAGGGAUUCCAGCACAUGUACCAUCGCGACGAAUCCUACAAUGAUCACAUCUUCUACGACGAGCUUCAUUCCGAUGGGGAGUUCCAUAACUCUGGGAAAGAAAAUUCCAAAUAG